ACGCGCACCGGCACUUCCCACCCACCAAGAAGCGAACCAGAGCUCACCACCACACCUCGCCGGCAAUGGCGACUCGCCGGCAGCAUCGCCGCGCCUUCCCUCUGGUUCCGCUCCUCCUCUCCCUACUGGCCGCGGCCGCCUACGGCCGCCUCAUCUCCGACGGCUCCCCGUCCGCGCCCCACUUCUCCGUGAUCCGCCUCUCCGCGCCGGCCGCAGGGGCCGAGGAGAAGUGCGAGCAGUCGUACGGCUUCCUUCCCUGCACUACCACCGUGCUCGGGAACCUCUUCCUGGUGCUCGUGUACGGGUUCCUCAUGUACAAGGCGGCCACGAACCUGUCGGCGGGGAGCGAGCUGCUGCUCGAGAUCAUGGGGCCCGGCCUCAUCGGCGGCCUCCUCCUCCCCAUCCUCGGCGCGCUCCCCGACGCGCUCCUCGUUCUCGUAUCCGGCCUUUCCGGGAGCAGAGAGACCGCGCAAAGUCAGGUCCUGAUUGGAAUGGGGCUGCUUGCUGGUUCCACCGUCUUCCUCCUCACCCUGCUUUGGGGAACCUGUGUCAUUGUCGGCAAGUGUGACCUUGGGCCAAACCGUGUUGCGGUUGAUUUACAGGACACCAAGGGCUUCAGCUUGACUGGCACUGGCAUUUCAACUGAUGUGCAGACCAGCUAUGCAGCACGGAUCAUGGGGAUAUCUGUUAUUCCUUUCAUCAUCGCUCAGUUCCCGAAGAUGUUGAAGACCCACCAUGGGCAGCGCCUAGCUGUCUUGCUGGCCCUUAUCGUAUCAUUCUUGCUCGUGCUUUCCUACUGCCUGUAUCAGGUUUUCCAGCCAUGGAUUCAGAGGAGGAAACUCGCGUACGCGAAACACAAGCAUGUGAUCUCUGGGAUCCUGAAGCACGCCCAAAGGCAAGCUCUCGGUCGGCUGCUCAACGAGGACGGCACACCCAAUGAAAUCGUCAUAAGAAAGCUGUUCCGCAAGAUCGACAUGGACGAGAGCGGUGCUCUAUCCCGGGCCGAGUUGCACGCGCUCAUCGUCGGGAUCAACUUUGAGGAGGUUGAAUUUGACAAGCAAGACGCCGUCGUCAAGAUCAUGGACGACUUUGACACGUCCCACAACGACACCGUGGAGGAGGAGGAGUUCGUGCAGGGGAUGAAGAAAUGGCUCAACGAGGCCAAGCGCAGCAUGCCGGCCAGCGGCGCCUUCUCCAACAAGUUCAUCAACGACUACCAUGCGAGGACGAGGCAGGAGCACGACCAGCUGGUUGACCAGUCCGACGAGGCCGUGGAGAGCGUGGAGAACCCGGGCUGGUGCAUCACCAAGGCCGUGGGGCUCCUGCUCCUGGGCACCGCCAUCGCCGCCGCGUUCGCCGACCCGCUCGUCGACGCCGUCCACAACUUCUCCAACGCCACCCACAUACCGCCCUUCUUCAUCUCGUUCAUCGCCCUCCCGCUGGCGACCAACUCCAGCGAGGCCGUCUCCGCCAUCAUCUUCGCCAGCAGGAAGAAGCAGAGGACCUCCUCCCUCACAUUCUCCGAGGUUUAUGGUGGCGUGACGAUGAACAACACGCUGUGCCUGGGCGUGUUCCUGGCGCUCAUCUACACAAGGAACCUGACGUGGGACUUCUCGUCGGAGGUGCUCAUCAUCCUGCUCGUCUGCGUCGUCAUGUGCCUCUUCACCAGCUUCCGGACCACGUUCCCGCUCUGGACCUGCCUCGUCGCCUACAUGCUCUACCCGCUCUCGCUUGUCAUCGUCUACAUCCUUGACUACAUCUUCGGCUGGUCAUAGGCUCAUGCUUCUCCACACCAGAUUCUUCGGGCGACCACGAGUGUUCAGUAUGAUCUUCUUGUAGUUUUGACUCUUGUGAUUUGUCUGUCCAGACUCUGAGAUGCUUCUCAAGUUUAUGUAACCACGCUGUACCUAGAAAGCCUCCAAUAUCUCCACGUACUUCGGCCCUGUUUGGAUAGUACGUAAUUUUAGAGUUUCUGUCUACGUUAUUAGUUUUUACAACACAUUUUUAACUUUUCAGCAUACUGAAAGUAAAAAAACUACUCACCGUCUAUUUUUCAA